AUGGCAGUUGAAACAUGUUCAAGUAGCUGGAGCAAGCAGAAGAACAGCACGGAAGUGAUGGCUGCCGAUGAGUUCGGCUUGCACUCUUUUAUGAGUUGUUUUGCCGACUUUGGUGCCGCUUGUCUGGCCAUAUUUGCCGGAUCCGAUAACCGCUGCGACUGCAGCGCACAUGUUCACAUACGUCUUUAUUUGAGCCGAAUCUGCACCCUGCUGCUGCUUUCGUUAUCCUUACUCAAUUUCCCCAGCAGUGCGGAGAUGCCGCUCACGCUUUUCUAA